AUGCUCUUACGAUACUGCCUGUCCAUUGGCACGCUGGGCCUAUCUAUCUCUGCAAAACCCGAGUCGAUCCACAUCGAAUUGACCGAUAAGUACAUCCAAGAGCUUGACUUAUUUUGGACGCUCGAAAUGAGGCAGGCCGCUCACAACAACUCUUUUCAGAACCAGGGUGGCAAAGAGUCUAAUUUUGACUUACCCUCUGGACACUUGCACCGACGAAAUCCCCCAACCUAUAGUCGCGACAGGUCUCCUCCUACUACUGCGAAAGUUGGCGUGGAGCACAUAGCUGGCCAGGCUUGGGUUGGCUGGCUUUACUUCCACGGUAAUGAAGCUGGGAAAUUCAAGCCAAAAUCCUGCAUUGCCUCCAUUGUCGCGUCGCCGUCUGGGAACUUAAUCGCCACUGCAGCGGAGUGCGUCUAUGACCGACGUACAGGAAACACCUAUGAUGGUUUUGUGUUCUUCCCCGGAGGCACACAUGAUAUGUGGCAUGUGGAAAGCCCUUGCUUUCAUGGGCAGUAUAAGGACGGACGGGAUGAUCAGGCUGCUAGAUGGAAUCUGGCAUUUGCCAGAGUAGCCAAGAGCAAGGAGGGAACGUUGGGCGAAUUGUAUCCCUACCAUCCUCAGCCAUCCUUCGAAGACCUGCCUAAAGCUGCCGAGUCGUCUGUGUGGAUGGUGCAAAUUUGGAAGCCAAAGGGUCCUCCAGAAUCUGAAUCGCAGCCCCGGUAUUCUGGGCCAUCCGCUCUCUUGCGCUGUACGUACCGUUCUCACGGAUGGCUCCGUAAAGUGCUUGGACUGACGCACAUCUUUUUCACCUCCAAGUCGUGA